GGGAGGGAAGCUGGAAGCGCGGCCGGGAAAUCAUCACAACAUAGGGGGGCUAAAUGGUUGAUUUCGCGGUUUUCCUCACCUGGAAGAGAUAUUUACUCUUAACAUGUCUGCAGAAACAGAAGUAACUGCUGUUGCCGGCGCGUGACUGCUUGUACAACACGUCUCAAGAAAGCGCCAAGAGGCUGAUCAGCUGCUAGAAAGUCUUACCUUUACAUCCCCGGGAACACUGAACAGGUUAACCCAGAGGCCACCAACAUGCCCGUCAACGACCCAGAGAGCAUACUGAGCUACCAGAGGCCGGAUGAGGAGGUGGUUGUGGACCAGGGAGGGACGAGCUCAGUGCUGAAUAUCCACUAUGAGAAGGAGGAACUAGAAAGUCACAGGACUCUGUUUGUGGGGGUUCGGAUGCCCAGACAGAGCCACCGUCACCACAAGGCCCACGGCUCUCGCCACCGCAAGAGAGACAGACGGGCUGGAAGCAUCGCAACACAGCAAAGCGAGGAAACUGAGACGUCCAACUGCAGUCAUGACACACCGUCCCAGCGGGUCCAGUUCAUUCUGGGCACAGAGGAGGACGCUGAACAUGUGGCCCAUGAGCUGUUCACUGAGCUGGAUGAGAUCUGUGUGAGGGAUGGCAAGGAUGCUGAGUGGAAGGAAACAGCCAGGUGGCUUAAGUUUGAAGAGGACGUGGAGGAUGGUGGGGAGAGAUGGAGCAAGCCGUACGUCGCUACUCUCUCCCUCCACAGCCUGUUCGAGCUCCGCAGCUGUAUCAUCAAUGGCAGUGUGUUGCUUGACAUGCACGCUGACUGCAUCGAGGAGAUUGCAGACAUGGUGCUGGACCAUCAGGAGGCGUCACAUGAGCUGGACGACAGUGUCAGGGUAAAAGUGCGUGAGGCCCUCCUGAAAAGACACCACCACCAGAAUGAGAAGAAGAAGAACCUGAUACCUAGUGUGCGCUCCAUCACAGAGGGAACCCGCAAACAGUCAGAGACCCAUCUGACAGGAACAGCCACAUCUCCCCAGCCUCCGUCAACCACAGAAGCAGCUAAAAACGGUGGUGGACUGGACAGCACACAUGUGGAUCUCAGUAAGGUGGACAUGCACUUUAUGAAGAAGAUUCCAGAGGGUGCAGAGGCCUCCAAUGUCCUGGUGGGAGAACUGGACUUCCUUGAGAGACCCAUUGUGGCGUUUGUCCGCCUCUCACCUGCUGUGCUGCUCACUGGACUCACAGAAGUCCCCAUACCUACCAGGUUCCUCUUUAUUCUCCUGGGUCCUGAUGGAAAAGCUCAGCAAUACCAUGAAAUUGGACGUUCCAUGGCAACCAUCAUGACAGAUGAAAUCUUUCAUGAUGUAGCAUACAAGGCAAAGGACAGAAGUGACCUGCUGGCCGGGAUAGAUGAGUUCCUGGAUCAGGUGACAGUACUUCCGCCGGGAGAGUGGGACCCAUCCAUUCGCAUUGAGCCGCCAAAGAACGUCCCCUCUCAGGAGAAGAGGAAGAUGCCAGGAGUCCCUAAUGGCACAGCAUACCAGGUGGAGGAGGAACUACAUGCUGAGCACCACGGGCCAGAGCUGCAGAGAACUGGAAGGUUGUUUGGUGGUCUGGUACUGGACAUAAAGAGGAAAGCUCCGUUCUAUCUGAGUGACUUUAAGGAUGGUAUGAGCCUCCAGUGUGUGGCUUCCUUCCUAUUCCUGUAUUGUGCCUGCAUGUCUCCUGUCAUCACGUUUGGAGGACUGCUGGGGGAGGCAACCGAGGGACGCAUUAGUGCCAUAGAGUCCUUACUGGGUGCCUCUAUGACUGGCGUGGCCUACUCUUUGUUCGCGGGUCAACCUCUUACCAUUCUCGGCAGCACAGGUCCUGUGCUUGUUUUUGAGAAAAUCCUUUUCAAGUUCUGCAAGGACUUUGGCCUGUCCUAUCUGUCGCUGAGGACUUGCAUCGGCCUGUGGACGGCCUUUCUUUGUUUGGUGCUUGUUGCCACUGACGCUAGCUCUUUGGUGUGUUACAUCACUCGGUUCACAGAGGAGGCCUUUGCCGCCCUAAUCUGCCUCAUCUUCAUCUACGAGGCUUUGGAGAAGCUCUUCCACCUGGGAGAAGUCUACCCCUUUAAUGCACACAGUGAUCUGGACAAACUCACCCUGACUUUCUGUAAGUGUGCAGAGCCUGAUAAUCCCAGUAAUAAAACCUUGGAACUGUGGAGUGAAAGAAAUAUCACAGCCUCUGCUGUACCCUGGGCCAACCUCACUGUCAAGGAGUGCAUGAGUCUGCAAGGCCACUUUGUUGGGACAGCUUGCGGCCACCAUGGACCCUACACCCCAGAUGUUCUCUUCUGGUCGACCAUCUUGUUCUUCUCUACUUUCUUCAUGUCUGCCUUUCUCAAGCAAUUUAAAACAAGCCGUUAUUUCCCCACCAAGGUGCGGUCCAUGAUAAGUGACUUUGCAGUGUUCCUCACCAUUGCUGUCAUGGUUCUGCUCGACUAUGCAAUUGGAGUGCCCUCCCAGAAGCUGAAGGUGCCCAGCAAAUUCCAGCCUACCAGAGAUGAUAGAGGUUGGCUAAUCAAUCCUAUAGGGCCCAACCCAUGGUGGACCGUCCUGGCUGCAUCUAUUCCUGCUCUUCUCUGCACCAUCCUCAUCUUCAUGGACCAACAGAUCACUGCUGUCAUUAUCAACCGUAAAGAGCACAAACUACUGAAAGGCUGUGGGUACCACCUAGACCUGCUGAUGGUGGGGAUAAUGCUGGCUGUGUGCUCCAUCAUGGGCCUGCCGUGGUUCGUAGCAGCCACCGUUCUGUCCAUCUCUCAUGUCAACAGCCUGAAGCUGGAGUCAGAGAGCUCGGCUCCAGGCGAGCAGCCGCGCUUCCUGGGCAUCAGAGAGCAGAGGUUCACCGGCCUGCUCAUCUUUCUGCUCAUGGGCUGUUCUGUAUUUAUGACUGGAGCCCUACAGUUCAUUCCAAUGCCAGUGUUGUAUGGUGUUUUCCUUUACAUGGGAGCCUCCUCUUUGAAAGGCAUCCAGUUCUUUGACCGUCUUAAGUUGUUCGGCAUGCCAGCGAAGCACCAGCCAGACUUUAUCUACCUGCGCCAUGUCCCCUUGAGGAAGGUGCACCUGUUCACAAUCACUCAGCUCACUUGUCUUGUGCUGCUCUGGGUCAUCAAGACAUCACCUGCUGCUAUCGUCUUCCCCAUGAUGGUGCUGGCUCUGGUUUUCGUCCGCAAGGUACUGGACUUGUGCUUCUCCAAGCGAGAGCUAAGUUACCUGGAUGAUUUGAUGCCCGAAUGGAAGAAAAAGAACCUUGAUGACGCCUCUAAAAAGAUAGAAGAGGAAUCACAGGUUAUGCUCAGUACCAAGACGGAUGAUACAACUUCUAUUCCCAUGGAGAGCAGCAAGCCUGCUCCGACUCCAAGAGCACAUGACCCCAGGUGUGAUCCCUCUGAUAUUAAUAUAUCUGAUGAAAUGUCUAAAACCACCGUGUGGAAAUCCCUAAACUCCAAUCAAAAGGACACUCGUCCUGUGGCUGCUAAGAAGGAUUGAAGGGCUCGAGUUCAUAGACGAAUAAAGGAUAUCCACAGUCCCGGCAGGCUCAGCUGUGUCACAUGACUGCAGUUCUGGACCAUGGGACACUGCGAUCUGGCGCUUUUGACCGUCAGCCACUUCAGUGCUUAGAGAUACAAGUCUCGAUGAUUUCCACCAGCUACCCACAGCACAUAGUACUGAUUACACAAAAGACAUAGACAUGCCGCAAAAAUGCUCUUCUAUUGUUGUUAGGACUUAUUUUCCUGAACCAAGUCUCAAUGAUUGAAUCCAAUCCUAACUCUGACACCACUAUCUUAGCUGGUUAACCAAUAAGAAACCAUAAUCUUCACCUGACAUCUUGUAUCAGCCGUCUAUGUAACCAAACUGGAAGGAAAGCCCUUAGUGAUCAGCUCUGCCAUUCUGUACACUGCCAUUGACUUUCCAGCUUAUUUGAGAGGUUGAAUGAAGAUGUAAGGGUUUCAAAAAAAAAAAUUUCUCCUCUGUAAAUUAAAUAAUUUUGAAAUAGCUCUGUUUGAAUUCAACUAAAUUGAGUGGGACAUUGAUCGGAUUUGAAAAUGCAAUCUAGUUUAAAAAUCUUGGAGCUGCUCCUUCCAAAGGGAAAACUGCGAGGACACAGUGACAGCUGCUGGCAGCCACAGUGAUUUCACUGAGAUACAGGGACAUCUGCCUAUUCACAGCUGAAAGCUCUGCAUUAUUUUAAUACUCAUUAGAAGGUGGCAUCUCAAACUGCCUCACUCACUCACUGGUCUAUUUCCAAAGUGUCAACCAUAUAGAGUGGAGGUUUUUUUUUUAGCUUACAGGGGCACAGCUGUUGUUGGUCUAAAAAUACAGGCUUUACUGCCCAGCAUCAAUGAAACAGCCCAUUGUAAAUUCUUUUGUAGGGUGGAUUUUUCACCAAACGUCAGAACUUUUUAUGGCCAUAGCUGUACCCCAAACCCUUCCAUGAGUUAAUGAACAUAUACCCAUUUGCAAGAUUAUUAGAUCCUGCUUAUGUACUCCAAACACAGUCCUGCAAAAAAAAUCUACCUACAUGAAGGUUAUGAUCUGUUUUUCUGGCUUGUUGAUGGUGUUGAAUCAAAUGCAUUAAUAACAGCUUAUGAAAGUUUAUAAUACCUGAUCAGUGUUUUGGUCCUCUCUAGGCACUCUUAAGCAAAGUUCAUGUUUUAAUCAUAAAAAAGUUCCCAACUUGUUCCCGAUAUGUUGCAUAUUUACAUCCAGCUGAUAUUAAAACAUCCCAGUGAUUCAUUUUAUGUUACUGGCCACCUAAUGAAUGUAAGUUUAAAUCUUAGUCUCCAGCUCCACAAGCCUCUUGCUUUAAGAUGUCCCACUGUGUAAAACAGCCAAUCACAAUCUUUGUGAGUCUGCAGGUUGGCGCUGAACAGCUUGUGUAAAGCAGGUUUUCCUAAUUUUUUUCCAAAGAAGUUAAUUUCUUGGCAGCUAAAUGUAAAACUGAAUUAAAAUUUUAACUUAAGGGUUGGGUGAUAAUUUACUGUUAGUUCUUAACUGCAAGCAACCUAUUUUAAAUGAGAUCUACUGUUAAUUGAUUAUAGCAGCUUAAGAGACUUUGGGUCCUCAUCACAAUAGAAGAGCAAUUGCAGAUAUAAGACAACAACCUCCACACUCCACCAUUUCAUCAGAAACAAUAAAUAAUACCCAGGUUUCAAGCCUACACUGUACACUGAUGGAGUUUAAACCCUCCUUUAAAAACAAACCAGGUUCUUUUUAAUAAUCUCAGUAGUUUGUUUUUUCCUGUCAUUGUUACUUAAAUCUACUAGAGACACUUUUUCUUUAAUGUGCCAUGACUGUUUCUUUUUUCUAAUAGUGGUGAAAUGGUUGAUUACUUAGUCAAUUUCAAGUAGUAUUGCAGGUUCAGUUAUACAUAGACCCACCCUCUUUUGGAAGCGUUAAACUUGGUGUCAGUUUUGCGUGAUGAUGUAAACUGAAACUGUUCGUCAGAAGACCCACAGCAGUGGCACAAAAGAUGUAAAACAUCCACUUUUUUUUGAUUGAUGGACCUUUUCUUUGAGCUGAUGACUGUGUAGGAAGGAGGUUGUUCUACAGUCUUUGUCACGUGUUAGUGUCUUAUCUCUUUACCUCAGACAAGUUCAUGAAUGCUCCUGCAAGGCACUUUGGUUGAUGUCAGGUCAGGGGAGAAUGCAAGUAAGAGGGAGUUUUUGUGUCCCUUUGAGUAUCAGGAAAUAAUAUAUGACUUUUUUCUUUUUUUUUUCUUUUUUUUUGAGGAUGAGGGGGGAGGGGUACCAGCAAUAAUUUACCCAGAAAGCAAAUCCAAAUUGACCCACUGCUACUCUUAAUAACUGGGGUCCCUUGAUGCAAAUACCCCCCUUCUAUUUCUCCCUGUUUGAAAAAGAAUGGGCUCAGGAGAAUUUAACUUUAAAACAUAAAAACACUUUUGUUAAUGUGCCAAAAACAUUUGAAAAAAUCACUAAUAACACAAAUUAGCAAAAGAUAUCAAACACAGCCACACUCUCAUUCACUAUUUGGAUAUGAAGAUAUGUCCAUUUGGAUGAAUAAGACUCCAGUUUAUUUGUUUUCUAUUAGAGGACUCCAUUUUAGGUUUCAGGCAUGACAGUCACGUCAAAGCUUGGAGAGCCAAAGAGGGCAGAGAAAUUCUGGUGACAGAAUGAUCCUCAAUUAUACUUCAUUUGUAGUUGCACUUUCUGUAGAUAAAGAGUUUAUUAUAUAUUAUUUUCAUGAAAUCUAGUACAUAAAAAUGAUUUUAAAUGAAUGUAUUAUUUAUUUAUUAUUAAUGACUAAUAUUUUUAGAUAAAAUAAUCCAAUUGUUCUCUUUGCUUUCUGUAUAUAGCGUACUGUAAUAAAGGAGACGAGCUUUGGACGAAAAGCUAAAGAAUGCAGCACAUGAGUAAUAAAUGGAAGAAUUCAAUAAAAUAACAUCAGAGUUUAUUAGAGAGAGGAUUUCUGGUGGGAGACAUUGUUAAAUAACCUAUAAUUUUCAUGUCCUUAGUCCUUUAUGGAGGAGCCUUGAAAGUAUUCAUGAAUCAAUUGACCAUUGUCUUAUGGCAGCCGUUGUCCUCUGAUGUCAUACUCAGGGUUGGAUGCUCAACAGCUGCUCUGAUCCAGGUUUUAUGUUGUAUUAUAGGGUUUCUGAUAAAUGAUAACUUUACCAUUUAGUGGUUAAUAAGCAACUGAAAAGAUAGUAAAAACCUAAAGGGGAAUCUGGCUUUAUUUCAAGACGUGUUAAUCCAGUAGCUAUGGUCAAACAAAAGAGGGAAUAACAAACUAUUUUUGACUUUACCUAGGAAUUGGCUGAAACUGAUACAACUUGAUAUUGUUUGGAAGUGCAACAUGAAGGUACAGGAAGAAAUUUCCUGAAAUGUUUUUUUUUUUUUAAAUGUUUGCUAUUUAAUAUAAUUGAGAAUCGCUUUUAUCUCUUAACAAAAUUAAUAUAGAUUAACCCAAAACACUAAGACUUAAAAGACAUCCAUUGAUUUUUGGUCUGUUUUUUUGGGGGGAGGGCUUACCUUCACUCUUCUACUAAAUAUUAGAGCAUGAAUAAAUCAUCUGCAAUAAAAUUAUCAAUUUAGACCAUAUAAUUAAUGGAAUUGGGUUUAAUAUCAAUUUAAAACUUUUUUUAUGUUCCAGUCAAAUAUCAGUCCAUGUAUUGAUUUAUGAUUAUUUUCAAGGCUCUCCUCCACAGUCCCAGUCAUCAUGGUGACUUAAAGAAAAGUGUAUGAGUACAAUAACCUUUCAUGGAACUUCAUGCAGUAAUACCUCCUCAUAGACACGUAUGAAAGUUUUAAAUACUGUGUGUGCUGUCACGUGCUUCUGCUUCGACUGUCAGACUUUUGAAUGUGAAUAUAGUCUGUGUGCCUGAGGACCCAUAAUUUAACUAAUUACUGGCAUGACCAAAUGUUAUUCAUUGUGUAAAUAUGUGUUCUAAAUCUCAUGACUAAGUGCAAACUAAUGCUGUGUAAACUGAGAAAAACUACAAGAAAAUGUCCAUAAUGAAUUAGAUCAACACUCUUAACCAUCCAGAGCUCUAUGACUGUAGAUGAUGAAUUAUUAAGCUAAUGUUAGAGUUUUUUCAUGGCCAUCAUGUGUCUUAAACUUGAUUUUAACUCAUUAAUGUAUAUGUGAAUGUAUGGUAAGCAUACAGUAAAUUGCCUUCAGAAUACUUAAGGUGACUACAUAUACAUGUGAACAUGAAGUCACACAUUUUGAUGGAUGUGAGUAUAAAUAUGUGCUAUACGUUUGUGCCUGUCAUGGGAAACAUAACCACUUCCUGUUGUGCUGUCAUUCUUGACGGGUGACCAUCCUACAUGCGACCAAAAAAAUAAUACAUUGAAAAGCCAAUAAUGACUUAUGGGCUGUCAAAACAACUCAGAAUCAUUCAUUACUGUGUCUCAUUUUGUACAAAUUUUCAAUUCCUCUGUCACAUAAUAAUACAACACCAGAACCAUGUGUUGAUUUUCUUCUUCUUGAACCUGUACUUCACAUUUAUGUGUAUAUAAAAGUGAAAACUGUGCAGAGUGUAAGGCUGUGUCCUUCUAAUAAAUAUGAGAAUAUGUACGUGUCUGUCUCAAGGACAAGGCCAGUUUGAUAACAGAGGAAGAGGAUGAAAAGGAGAGUUUGUCGGAAAGCAGGAGACUUUCAGGUAGAACAGCAGCAGUACCCUCAAUCUUCAAGUCCUGGAGCCAUAGAAAAGACUGAUGCCUUUUCUCUUUAACCACUGAAUGAUUAGUCUUAAGCAAAUUACAUGUUUUAUAUGUAUAUGUAAUUUAAUUUUUGAUUAUGGAUAAUGAAAUACAAUAAAUGCAGCUGAUAUUAAA